UCUAGGCCUAGCCAUUUUUAAUGAAUUUUUGGUCCUGGGGAUGCUGCUAGAGAGUAGGUAGGAAAAUAUGACCAGAAACAUUGGAACAGCGCUACUGAAACUAGUGACUUUAGAUGUUACAAAUACUCUAAUCAAAGUGGCUGGCUCUCCUGGGCUUCAUUAUGCAAGUAUUGGUCGCAAGCAUGGAAUACACAUAGAGGAGGACGUACUAACAGGUCUCUUUUUGAAAUACUACAAGCAUUACUCAAGCAAGUAUCCAAACUUUGGGGCACAAAAUGCGAUGCCGUCAAAAGUUUGGUGGGCCUUGCUUGUUAAAGAUUGUUUUCAAAGUGUUGACAGCAGGCUAACAGAUGACAUAUUAGACAAAGUGGCCAAUGAUUUAUACUAUCAUUUUACUACUCCUAAAGCAUGGGAAUUUUUGCCAGGUGCUCUUGAAGCAAUCAAAGAUCUUCGGCAAUAUAAAGUAAAACUUGGUGUGAUUUCCAACUGGGAUCAUCGACUUUAUAAAGUGCUAUUGACCAUGAACAUGCGGCAUUACUUUGACUUUGUUUUACCAUCGUAUGUUGUUGGUGUUGAGAAACCGGACAGCUACAUUUUCCAACAAGCGUUAAAGGCUGCAAAUUGUUUGCCUGAGGAGUCUGUACACUUUGGGGACAGUUUGAAAAAAGAUUUUAUUGGUGCUCAGGAUGUGGGGAUGGGAGCUUAUCUUCUGAGAACCCCUGGUGCUGACCAAACUUCCAUAGACCAGAGCCUGGUGGUAGACUGCAUCGCAGAUUUUGUCAGCGCCAUCCGCCCAAGAUUUCACACUCAUAAGUCUUGAUACCUGGUUGAUUUUAUGGUUUAAAAAAGAAAGAUAAUUAGGAUUUGAUUCUGUUGGCUGUGGAUUUAGAUUUUUUUAGUUUAAAUGGCAAUGCUCGUAUUUUUUUAAAAAAAAUCGCUUACUCUAUCUUUUUUAUUAUCAUAGUCUACAUACCUGCAGUAGAGAAGUGACACCUAUAAACAGAAAUAGGAUUCAUGUACCUGAUGUCAUUUUACGACUAAUUGUAGUUUGUUUUAAAUAUUACCAAUUUACAAUAGUUGUUUCUUAGAAAAUAUUUCAUGUGUUAGUUCUGGUCUAAUAUGAUGCUUAUAAAAUAAUUAGUCACAAAGUAACUAGUAGGUUACUGACCAAGUUGGUGAAAAAAAUUAUUAAAAUGCUAUAUAAAUGUGAACCUUUUUUACUGCAAGUUAUAGCAGAAUAUAUGCAGGCAAAAUGAAAUAUCUAAACUGGCUUGAUUGAUUGCAAAAAUUCAAUAGGUAAUUUUUAUUGAAUCCGAUAAGUAUUAUUUUACUUACUACCAUUGAUUUUUGUUAUGUAUAAUUGUAAUGUACUGAUAGUGAUGUUAAUUUUUGUUGUUU